UCAAACUCAUAUAGAGCCAUCCAGUGAAGCCUGGACCUUCUAAACUGGUAAUGGACUGGUGAGCUGGGUGUGUUUGAACAGGGAGCUGGACUCCUCCCUCGUCUUAAUCAAGGCGUCCUACGUGAACUUAGUGGGCAGCAACCAAGAGCAGAUGCAGCGCGUGUGUGUGAGGACUCUGGAGCUGAGAGCUGAGAGCUGCGUGUCCACAGUGAGCAUCUCCACUGUUCAUCGGACUGAACUGAAGUGCAGCUCCACUACUUUCACUGCUGCGCUGCAUUCACUGCAUUAACCAGCGAGCCGAGCAGCAGCAUCAGCAGCCGGUCCCUCACACCGCUGAUCUCUCUCAGUUUCUGGCUGUGCUGCGGGCGCCCCCUGCUGGAGACUGGGUGGUAUGAGCACGUGUGGCAGGAAGGCUUUGACCCUGCUGAGCAGCGUGUUCGCGGUGUGUGGGCUGGGGCUGCUGGGCAUCGCCGUCAGCACUGACUACUGGCUCUACCUGGAGGAGGGGGUCAUCCUGCCCCUCAACCAGACCACUGACAUCCACACGUCCCUGCACUCCGGUCUCUGGAGGGUCUGCUUCCUGGCAGGAAUGUUUAUGGAAUCAGGGGAAAGCACCGUGCUCCUCAGUUCUUCAGGAGAGGAGACGGGCCGCUGCUUUACUAUAGAGUACGUCAUGCCCAUGAGUGUCCAGCUGACCAGUGAAUCUACAGUCAGCGUCCUGAAAAUGAUCCGCUCAGCCACACCCUUCCCUCUGGUCAGCCUCUUCUUCAUGUUCAUCGGCUUUGUACUUAAUAAUAUCGGACACGUCCGCCCCCAUCGCACCAUACUGGCCUUCGUUUCUGGAAUCUUCUUCAUCCUGUCAGGUCUUUCUCUGGUGGUGGGUCUUGUUCUCUACAUCUCCAGCAUCAAUGAUGAGGUUUUGAACAGGACUAAAAGUAAUGAGGCCUAUUUCAGCUACAAGUAUGGCUGGUCCUUCGCCUUCGCUGCCAUCUCCUUCCUGCUGACUGAGAGUGCCGGAGUCAUGUCGGUCUACCUGUUCAUGAAGCGCUACACGGCUGAGGAGAUGUACCAGCCUCACCCGAGCUUCUACCGGCCGCGCCUCAGCAACUGCUCAGAUUACUCAGGCCAGUUCCUGCACCCGGAGGCGUGGACGCGCGGCCGCAGCCCCUCAGACAUCUCCAGCGAAGCCUCGCUCCAGAUGAACGCCAGCUACCCUGCCUUGCUCAAAUGCCCUGAAUAUGACCAGGUCUCCUCCUCACCCUGCUGAGGGUGGACAGACAGUCGGUCAGGGUGAGGAGUGUGUGUGACUUCUGCUUUUUCCUUCUUCUUUGAUUGCGGUGGUGAUGUGCUGAGCUGAGCCUGAGAGCUGUUUUGCUGCAGUGGACUCUGUUCACCAGCAGGGGGUGCACAGUAAUCAUUUACAGUGUGAUUUUAACACUGUUAACCGACCACAAUAGAAGGGCCUGUAAAAUCAGAUAAUGUAUGAAAAGAUUAUUUAUUGGAUGUAUAAUACAUAUUUAUAUUCCUAUACGAUGUAUAAUAUAGAGAUAAGGCAGCUUCAUAAAUGGAAAAAAAAAUAUUCUGAGUGUACCUUAGUGGCAGCAAUAGGGCGUCAAAAAAGAAUCCUUAGACACACGAGUCACAUGAGUCUAAUCACCAGUGUUCACGCCUAUAGAGCAUAAUACUGAUUAUAUUGUGUUGAAUAGAAGAUGCUGAUGUAACUGUAAGUAAUAUUUCAUAUUAAGGAAAAAAAGUGACAUUUACAGUCCAGUAUUGUAAGCCUUGUGUGGUCAAGUCUGAUUGUUCUUAAUGAAAUCCACCCUAUUCGACAUCAUAUACCUCUACAGCAAUGCUUUCAAAGCAACGUAUGUGUCAUUAAAUCAGGGCAGCGUGGAGCAAAUCGUCUUUGGGUACAAGACUCUGUGCAUAAUUCACAUUUUUUUAGUGGUUAUUUAUUUGAUUUGCAAAAAAUCAAUUUAUUAUUAUAUCAUCCCCAGUUUGGGGAUCAGAAAUGUAAAUAGCAUACAUUGCUUGAUGACUGUUCAUAGUUCGUAUGUGAUUUACUUUAGUAAAUGUAUUGGGUAAACAAAAACGGUUGCUUUUGUAAUGUCUGCGUUUCAGGUAUUUAAGGUGCCACUGAAUGUAAUGUGUAAAAUGUAGCCAUUAACUUUUGAAUAAAAUAAUAACACGGCG